AGGACCUAUAUAGAACCUUGAACUACCCACCAGAGCUUCAAGGAUGGAAUGGUAGCGAUCCUUGUGUAUAACUGAUGGACUGGGACACCAGGCUCAAAAUUGCGAUUGGAUCAGCCAAAGGACUUGCUUAUUUACAUGAGGAUUGUCACCCUCGCAUCAUUCACCGAGACAUAAAGGGUGCAAACAUUCUAAUUGAAAACAACUUUGAUGCCAAAGUGGCAGAUUUUGGAUUGGCAAAGUUUAAUCAAGACACUAACACAUGUUUCUACUUGUGUGAUGGGAACAUUUGGGUAUUUGGCUCCUGAGUAUGCAUCAAGUGGCAAAUUAACUGUGAAAUCUGAUGUUUUCUCAUUUGGUAUCAUGCUAUUGGAGCUCAUUACAGGACGACGGCCGGUAGACAACACUGGUGAUUAUGAAGAGGAUAGUUUGGUUGAUUGGGUAAAUUACUUCAAAGUUCUGAGCUCAUUUGCCAUUCUUGUGUGGAGUCCUUUAGCAUGCUCUGGGUCAUCAGUUAUACACCUGUAAUGAAACAAACAACUCUAUAGUGUAGAGUAGACAAAUUAAAUUUUAUCUAUAUUGGGUUUCAUCCAACUAAAUUUAAUGUGAAAUCUCGGGUCAUCAACCAAAUUUUGUUUGAAGGAGCAGCCAAAUAAGUGGGGCUUUAUGAGUUUCCUAGUUUACUUUGUAACUUCGUCCUCAUGCCAAAUUAUAUUGUUUCUAAUUCAUCAAACUUGCAUUUCCUUUGGGGAAGAACUGUGACUUGUUCAGAAAUAUUUUGACUUUAUCUUUGCUGGUGAAGCACGUUGUGUGUAACCUCUUGUUCUCAUUUUCUUAAAAACUUCCGUUCAAAAUCACAUUGACUAAUAUUUUCUAGU